AUUAAAAUAUUUUUUCAGCAUAAAAAUGGCGUCAAAAAAGAAAGGGUUAAGUUUAGAAGAAAAGAGGAAGAAGAUGAUGGAGAUUUUCUUUGAAAGCAAGGAUGUUUAUUUGCUUAAAGACCUGGAGAAGAUAGCUCCGAAGCUGAAGGGCAUUACUAGUAUGAGUGUGAAGGAUGUGGUGACCAGCCUAGUAGAUGACGGUAUGGUGGAUACUGACAAGAUAGGAACUAGUGUUUACUUCUGGGCCUUUCCUAGCAAAGCCUCGGCAAACAGGAAACGGAAACUGGACAAGCUUCAAGAACAGCUGAAUACUGUUGAGAAAAAAGCCAAAUUAUCUGAGAAGGAUCUGAACUCUGCAGCUAGUGGAAGGGAGGAUACCGAGGAGCGAAAGGAUAUUCUAGAUAGGUUAAACGAGGCAGAGAAGAAGAAUAAAGAAUUGAAGGAGAACCUUGCUCAGUAUGCGGAUAAUGAUCCUGAAGUUCUAAAGCAGAUGGAGGUUGAGAGUAAGAAGGCCCUGGAGUCUGUCAAUAGAUGGACGGAUAAUAUAUUCUCUCUCCAGGAGUGGAUCAAGAAGAAGUUCCCUUCAAUAUCCCAGGCGGAAUUCAACAAGCAGUUCAAUAUUCCUGAGGAUCUUGAUUAUAUCCAGUAAAAGAGAGGAAAAUAAUACUCCAGUGAUGAAGACAUGACACAUAUUUUAUCAUAGUACACAUGUUUCGACCUGUUUUGAAGGUGUUUGGUACAUUUGUAAAACAGUUUUAUGAUAUCGCGGAGUCUUCUCAGUCGUAUUUUCUCUUCAGAUUAUGCAACUAAGAAAAGGAUUUGAAAAUUUCUGGAAUAUUCACCGUUUAUCUAAAACUCUUAACGCCGUCUUUCAUAUUAUAUUUUUCUAUAUAGUUUUUAUAAACUUGAUAAAAUAUAAAUAAAUAUUUAUGCUUUUA